AUGGGCACCCGAUACCUCCUGGCUCUGUUCCUUGUCCUCCUGGUGUUGGGAAUGGAAGUCCAGGGGGCGUCCCUGCCGCAGGCUGACGAUCCCGACAGCCCAGCCCUGCUUGCGCGGAUGCAGGAGUCCCUGUUCGAGUACUGGAACAAAGCCAAGACCACCGCCCUAGGCCUGUACGAGAAGACCUACCUGCCCAGUGUGGAUGAGAAAAUCAGGGACAUGUAUAACAAGAGCACGGCAGCCAUGAGUACCUACACUGGGAUUGUGACCGAUCAGAUCCUGUCCCUGCUGAAGGGAGACCAGUGA